UUACUCUUGUUGCACAGGUUGUGAGCGAGGGUAAGAGAGGGAGGAGAGAUAGAGAGAUAAACACACUCCACCUAGAACGUCAAACACGAGUAAGUGUCAGACAGAAACAGGCAGAGAGGAAGAAGGGAGGGAACUGGGGAGCUAAAGGAUAGGAGAAAUAGCUGACUGUGAGUGAAAGAGGAGAGGGACAAAGAUAAACAAAGAGAAGUUCAUCUGUUUUGUUUUUGAAGGGAGACAGUGGCAGAGAGUUAUAUAUAGAGAGAGAGGUAGACCCAGCAGAAGCAGGACUACUGUACAGUGUGUUGUGUUGGGACCUUCCUCCAGGGAGCCUAGUGGAGCAGAGCUUGGUGCCUGGUGAGAGAGUGACCCCCCUGGGACACAGACACAGCCAUGGAUCCCUCUGCGUUGGAUGAGGUUGGAGACGAGUGCAAGGAGAGCAGGAAGAUCCACUUUGCUGUGCAGUCCUCGGCACCCACCCAACUGGACCCCCGGCAAGUAGAGAUGAACAACGGCAUCUCCGAGCUCACAACCAGAGCCCCAGGAAGAUCAGUCCUCGACAUAUCUGGAUUGGUAAUCCGGCGCCGGCGGCCCACACCUGCAACACUGUUCAGAGUGGCAGACCAGUGUUCUCCUGAGGAUGAUCAGUCCAGCCACCAGUGGAUUGUAGGAGAGAAUGGGGUACUCAAGCCCAAGCGAGUCAACCCAAAUGUGUAUCAGCCACCAUCCCUGAAAGCCGACCAGAAGAUGGCUGAGGCACACAUGCAGAACCUGGGUGUCUACCCCCCCUUGGAAGACCCCUUUGAGGGGGAGGAGUACGACGACUACCCCUGUCAUGAGGAGAGGGAGGAAAGAUUCCCCACCAAAGCUGCUGGUGAGAUAGGGAUUCCAUACACUGUCAAGCAGUAACAUAUACACUCACUCAUGUAAUCGCAUUGAUGCUUUGACCAAUGGUGUAACCAGCUUACAUAUUUAGCUGUGUGUAUAGCCAUUGUUAUUCAGUGCCCACUUUUCAGUCAGAUGGGCUGAAUGUUGCACUAUGCCGUGUUCAAAACAGCAGGGCCUCAGAUAAACUGCUCUCUGCAGACAAGUAGCUGUGAUAUUAUAUUAACACAUAUUAGCAUCACUCCAACAAAUCUAUCAGAGAGCACAGCAGACCUCCCUGUGCUGCCAUCCUGCCCUGUGCCAGUCAGGGGGCCAGAGAUGCCUAGCCACAGCUAACAGGCUAACAGUCUGCUCUCUCUGUAGCAUCAGUAGUGAUGCUGGGCUGCCAGCCCAGAUGGCAGAGGUUCCUAAUGAAAUCCCUCCUGUGGCAUCGUUAAACGCUGUUUCAUUGGCUACUACUGUCAUCAUUUGUCUAUAAAUCUGUCGUUUGAACGCAACACGGCUGCAGGGUGGCUGUAGUGUCACACAUCGCGAGACAGGGCCUCUUAAAGAUACAUUGAAGUAGACUGUGAUUAUCCUCACUAGAGCAAUUGCCUAAUUAUGCCUGCAUACACGUGCAGCAGUCACUGUCAUAUGUACUGGUAUGAUUCAGACUUGUAAUACCAUGUUUCACACACAUGUAUUUCCACACACACACUCACAGGAGGCACAUGCCUGACCAGGAAAUGACAAGUAGAACCAGAUUACCGUAGAUUAGUUUGGGAGUAGAGUUAUUAUGAUGUCCCGUGAAUAGAUUAACCUCUUUCCCUGGUGUUGUUUGUUUACCUUCCCUGCAUGUCUUUUCUGCAACGUCGAAAUGCACAAAUCUAAUCGGUCUUCAAGCUUACUUGUGUAGAAGGUAAGUGGUUUGAUUGGAAGGAGACC